AUCCCUAACAUGCGCAGUCCUGAGCUGCCCAAUCAGCGCAGAGGAAGUUUUGUUUCCGGGAAUGUUUGGUGAUGUGGCUAUGCUCUAAAAUCCAUCCGAGGAAAUAUAUCAAAUAAAAAACAGAUACGUUUACAUAGGAAGCACUCGAAAAGUGUCAGCUCUAUGUUGAGCCGUCUGGCCACAGUCCUCCAGGAGCUCUCUGGAGAGGAGAGCCCAGAUGGGGGCUCUCAGGCACAGGACAUACUGGUGCCCGAACUCUCUGAUGAGGCCCAGGCUUCAUUGGAGUCUGAGGCACCUGAAGAGGCCAUGGAGAGGCUGGCUCACCUGGAACAACUGGUGGUCCAGCUGAAGGAGCUCAUACGGGAUAAAGACACUCAGCUUGUCCAAAGGGAUGCAGAGCUGGCUAACAAAGAGGCACAGCUCAAGAAUGAAAAGGAGGAAGCUGAUGUUCGAUUCACUAAACUCAAGCUGCAGGCUAAAGCGAAGAUGGCAGCACUUAACAAACAGAUAACUGAUCUGAGAGGUCCAGGAGCAAUAAGCCCAGACAGCUCUUUCACAGGAGCUGGUGCUGCAGUCGAGGAGGAGCUCCAUGAACUGAAGAACAAGCUGAGCGAAGAGGAGGCCAACAGCAGAGCGCUUAAAGAGCAACUGCAGGCAGCAGAACGGGUCCUUCAAGAGAAGGAAUCAGCUCACGCAGAACAGUUGCGGAGGAAGGACGUCCGUUUCCAGGAGCAGAUUCAGAAACAUGAGGAAGAGCUGAUGAACGUCACAGCACAGUCUCAGGACACCAGCGAGCUUCAGAAGGCCCUGCAUACGGCUCAGCGGCGCUGUGAGGAGCUGGAGGAGUCUUUAAACUCUCGCUCUCAAGUCUUGGAAAUGCUCCAGCAGGAAAUCAACAGUGCUGAUCAGCAAAAACAGAUCCUGACUGCUCAGUUCCGGCAGAUGGAGCAGGAGCUGUCCAAAGCCAUGAAGCUGAGGGAGGAGGAGAGGCAGCAGUGGGCCGAACAGGCCAGCAAGGCCGACCUAGAGCUCACAGCCCUCCGAACCAGCCUGGAAGGCCUGGAAAAAGAGCGUGUGGUAAUGGCAAGGGAGGAGAGCGAGCUGGGACGUCUAAGAGAGGCGGAGCGCAUCAGUCAGGAGGCCUUGCAAAACGAGAAGGUGGAAGUUGCCAGGUUAGAGCGAGAACUGGCUCUGAUGAAAGAGGCUGAGGUCACAGCCAACCAGGCAAGCCUUGAUGCUUCAGAGAGAGACAGGGUGAAAAUAGCCCAGCUUGAAAGUGACCUGGCGUCUAUGAGAGAGGCCGCAGCCCAUGCCAGCGAGGACGCCUUGCAGAAACAGACCUCAGAGGUUAGUAGGUUGGAAAGAGAACUGGCUUCACUAAAAGAGGAGCAGAACGGCGCAGAGAAGAAGGAUGAGAUUGUAGCUCAGAUUUGGAGACGUCUGCAAUCUCUGGCUCUAGAAGAUGUGCAAGUAGCUGAAAAGGUUUCUGCUCCCGCCGACCUGUCCCUGCUUCUAGAGACUGUACAGACCCUGGAGUUGAAAUUGACCCGGCUGAAAGAAAGCGAGGAGCGCUGUGCAGAGCUCAUGCAUUCCACGAACACCCUACAGAAACAACUUGACAUGAAAGCCAGAGAAGAGGAGGCAGCUGAGGCCAAGGUACAGCAACUGAAGGAGCAAAUGUUAGCGAUGUCUGAAGAAACACUUGUCCAACAUGUGACCGAACCUUCGUCUGAAGAAGAAAGAGCACAUAUUCUGGCUCUGGAGCAGCAACUAUUAGAAAAAGAUAAUGAGCUAGCUGCUUUGCGAGAGUCCCUCACGAAGGCUGAAACCAAUUCUGUUGAUGUCACAUCGGGUGACUCUCUAGACAAGGAGCAGGACUCUAGUGUGGCCGCCUGUGACACUUCAGCCUCCUUUCCUGACUCCAAUGAGGAAACACAGGAUGAGGAGACCACACUAGUUGCAGAGGACACUUCUGUCCUUUGCAACUAUCCUUCUGUUCUGGCUGAUAGCGAGAGCAGCCCAGAGCUUAUUGGACAUCAGUCUGAGUCCCCAGAAGAAUCCAAAGGGACAUCCUCAGAUGAGAUGGUUGCUAGCAGUGAUUCCGAGGUCGUACACAGCAGCUGGACACUCCUUGAAGCUGUGAAUCAAGAUGGAAGCCAGGAGUGGCCCUCAAUCAUGCAGGACUUCAGCCAGCUGCAGUCGUGGGAGACAACAAGCAUGGAGCAGGAGACCUGCACAGUUCAGGCCGAGUCCUCAUCUGUUGUCAUAAGAGAGACUGUUCAGGUUAAUGUAACUCAUCACAGUUCGUCCUCCACGAAUGCCAGCGCCUCAUCUGGCCAGGUGUUUGCCCAGGUCUUGGCAGAAGAACUUCAGAAGAGGUACAGCGAGCUCCUGGCAGAGCUGCAGAGGCUCAGAGAGGCAGCUGCCGAGUCUCAGGAGAAAAUCAAGCGUCUGGAAGAAGACGCGCUGUCUCUUACUGCUGCUAAAGAAAAGGCAGAGUCACAGGCCAGUAACUUCUCAGAGGAGCUUAGGUCAGUCAGAGAGCAGUUAGACGAGGUCUCCCAGCAAAGUAGCUCUGUGGCAGAGAAGCACCAUGUUGAAAUGCAGCUUCUAGAAGAACAGAUCAACAUUUUGAACAAUGAAAGUACAGCAAAGGAGCAGAGGAUCCAGGAUUUACAAACAGAUCUGCAAAUGGCCCAGCAGUCUCUUUCUGAGAGAGAGGGUCAGGCCCGGAUGCUAAGCGCUCAGCUGGAGGACAGAGAGCUCCUCUCCUCUGAGCUGGAAAGGAGGCUCCAGGAUAUGGAAAAUAGCAGGUUGGAAUACUCACAGACUUCAGAUCUCAACAAUCAGUCUUUGUCCAAUAAAGACACGGAAAUCAGUGAGCUACAGCUGCGUCUCCGCGAGAAAGAGCAAGAAAUGAUGGAGCUCAGUGGCUGUAUGUCUGCUAAGCUCCUUCAGGCAGAGGAAGAGAAAUUCCAGACAGACACUGAAGUCAACAAACUGAAGGAGCAGAUACUGGAACUUGAGAAAGGAAGAGAGGAGACAUCGCAAGCAAGUUGUGAAGACUCGCCUGCUCCUGUGGACGAUGAACUUGCUGAUUUACGCAAGGAGAAAGACGUGCUCGAAACCCAACUGGCCAACACAAAGAAGAAACUGCAGGCUGCACUCGUGCAAAGAAAAGAGCUCAUGAAGAAAGUUGCUGACUUUGAGCUGGAGGCAAAAAAUUGGAAAGAGCAAGAAGACACAGCAAAGGGAGAAACCACAGAGGCAGAGACAGGCAAAAUCCAGGAAAUGGAAGGUGAACUCCAGCAGCUAAGGCAAGCUUUAAGAUCCAAAGAAGACACAGUCGAGUCUCUUGAGCAGAAAGUUAGCCAGCAGGAUCAAGUUAUCGCUGAAAUGCUAAUGAACAAAUGUGAAGACACUCAGCAGGCUGACACUGCUGCACUACAAUCCCAAGUAGCCGCCCUGGAAGCAGAGUGUGAAACGCUUCAACGGAAGGUUCAGGAGGCUCAAGAGUCUCGCAAGGAAACCAUCCGCAAAGCAAAGGAGAAAGACCGGCACCACCGCGAGCAAGUGAAACAACAGAAAGAAGAGUACAACGAGCUGAUGGAGCGCUUUGAGGUGCAGGGAGGGGAACGAGACGCCCUUCAUGCUAAACUGAGAGAGCUGGAACAGAGCAUGGGAGUCAGAAGAGAAGAGCUGCCUCAUCCAGAGACCAAGCAACCGGCUGACGAUGUGGAGAAGCAGGCGGCAGGCGACUGGGUCCAAGAGGACUGGGUGGAUUUCGCCACAUCUGAAAGUGACUUGAUGCAACCACAGCCCAGCGAUCCAGUUCAUCGUCCGAUGGAGCCGUCCGACGGCCUCCCUGCAGAAAGCGAGAACCGCCUGGAAGCUCUCAGAGAAGAGAUCCAGACCCUGCAAAGGGCUAACGCUGAGUUAGUGGUGCAGCUACAGGAGACCCAGAACAGUCUGUCACACAAAGAGGCUGAAUGGCUGGAUUUGGGCAAAGAGCUGCAGGCAUUGAGAGACAAGGAGCGACAGAUUGAUUUGCUCUCAGAGGAAAUGGAUGAUCUUAGAGACAAGUAUCGCCAAGCUGAGGCGUAUGCCGAAACCCUGAAAGCUGAGAUGGAAGCCGAAGCCAAAGCAGCAUCUGCAGACUCUUUAGCGUCCAUCUCGACGCUCCAGGCUGAAGUGGAUGAGUUUAAAGAGUUUCUUGACAAAAAGAACCACGAGAUAAUGGAGCUCAGUCAUCAGCUGAGUGAGCAGAAAUCCUUCAUACACACAAUGCAGGACACGGUCUCUCAAAAGGAUCAGCUAAUAGCUUCUUUACAGGAAGCAUUACAGGUUGAGCAUGAAAAGCAGCAGAAAUUCGAGGCUGAGGCUCCACAGAAACAGGAGGAGGACAAAGAUAGCGAGGGAAAGAUUCAGCAGCUCCAGAGAAAGCUACAGGCCGCUCUCAUCUCUCGCAAGGAGGCGCUCAAAGAAAACAAAACCCAGAAGGAGCAGCUUGCUGCAACUGAGACGCUCAUAGCGGAGCUGCAGCAGAAAAUAGAGUCGGCAGAAGAUGAGCUGGAGAAGCUGAGGACGGAAAGGGACAGGCUCAUUGAAGAGGUGGACCGGACGCUGCUGGAGAACCAAAGUCUGGGAUCAUCCUGCGAGAGCCUCAAACUGGCCAUGGAUGGGAUGCUAAAUGAGAAGGAUGCCUGUAAGAGAGAGGUGGAGCUGGCAAAAGAAGAGGCUGCUAGGUUGAGCAAGGAAUGGGAGGAGAAGGUUCAAGGCAUGAAGGACGAGUACGAGACCCUCCUCAAGUCCUAUGAAAACGUCAGCGACGAGGCUGAGCGGGUGAGACGGGUGUUGGAGGCGGCCAGGCAGGAGAGGCAGGAGCUGACGGCCAAGGUGAGGACCUACGAAGCUGCACGGCAGGAGGCUGAAAGGCAGGCGCAGGAGGCCCAGAAGGAGGUGGACUCGGUCAAAGACAGAAUGAGAAAGUUCGCCAAAACCAAGCAGCAAAAAAUACUGGAGUUAGAGGAGGAGAACGAGCGGCUUCGAGAGCUUCAGGAGAAGCCUGCGACCCGACGAGAGGACGGCGCUAUCAAAGCUGAGGCGCUGGAGGCUCUGAAGGCUGAGCUGGACUCCACAGCGGCAGAAAGAGACUCUUUGGGGCUGCAGGUGGAGGAGCUGAGGGAACAACUGGCUCAGGUUAAUAAAAUAACAGCAGGACCAGCAGCUGUGGUGGAAGACGAUGUCGCUGCGCAGCAGUCGGAGCCGAGCUCUACUGCAGCAGAGCCUGUUGAGAGCAAACAUGAUCCCAUAGACUCCGGAGAGACUCAGGUUGACCUGAUAGUUGCAGCGUCAGCACCACAGACACAUUUGCAGCCUGUAGAAGAAAUUACUGAAAGUGCUCGAACUUUACUAGAAGAAAAGGUGAAUAGGAUGGAGGAAGAUUUCAAUGCAGAGAAGGAACAGUGGAAGGAGCGGGAGGCUGAGCUCACUGCUAAACUAACCUCUCUCAAGCAAGAUAUCCAGAAGGAGAAGGAGAGCCUCGUGGCCUCUCUAGAGAAGAGCCUGCAAGACAGCAAAGACAGGGAAGCUAACCUGAUAGAAGAGGGUUCAAAGAGGGAAGCUCAAAUUAAAGAGCUCCUCAGAACCCUGGAAACGGAGAAGGAUAACUUGGAGGAGCGCCUGAUGAAUCAGUUGGCCCAACUCAACGGGAGCAUCGCCAGGUACCAGCAGGAGGCCGCGGACCACCGGGAGGAGCUAACCCAGCUGCAGCGGCAGGCGGAGGGGCUGGAGACGGAGCGGGCUGAACUCGAAGCCCGGGCACAGAGUGAGGCCGACCGCGCUGCCCGGCUGGAAGAGGACUUGAGGCAAGCCCAGAGGGAACGAGCCGAGGCCGAGGCGGAGUCCGGGAGGCAGAGGGAGCUGGAGCAGCAGCUGAAGACUGUGCAAAGGGUGAAAGAGGGCAGCCAGAGCCGAGUGCGUCAGCUGGAGGAGCUGCUGAGGGAGAAGCAGCUGGAGGUCCGUCACCUGCAGAAAGACAGCAUCCGCUACCAGGAGAGGAUCAGCGAGCUGGGGAGGGAGGCUAAGAUGCUCCAGCUCGGCCACGAUGAACUCAGCACAAAACUAGAACAGUCCCAGCUGGAGAUGGCAAAAACUUCAGACGCCUUAAAAAAGACUGAGGCAGAGUUUAGUGGAUGCAAAUCUCAGCUAGCAGACGCCCAGCAACAGUUACGCGAAGCCUUAGCAGAGAAGAAGGCUCUAGAGCAGAGUGCCCAGCAGAAGGAGGCUGCAAUUAAAGCUGAGGCAGAGCAAACCCUGGAUUCUGUGAGGUUCAGGCUGGGAGCUGAACUGAAGGAGGUGGAGCUGAGACUGGAGGAGGCCUACAGAGAACGGGAAAAGGAGGAGGAGGCCACGCUGGAGGCCAGAGAAGUGGCAGAAGGAGCCGAGAGACGGGCCCAAGAGAUGCAGGCCCGUCUGGACGAGUCGCUGGCCCGGUUGGCUGCCUUCUCCCGCUGCAUGUCGUCGCUGCAAGAUGACCGGGACAGAGUUUUGGACGAGACGAGGCAGUGGGAGACUCGCUUUAAUGACGCUCUGCAGGCUAAAGAAGCUGAAGUUAGGGAGGCUGAAACACGGAUCAAGGAGCUGACAGAGCAGCUGCAGAAAGAAACCGCACUGAAAGAAGAAGUUCAGCUUUUAGUGGACAGACUAGAGAAGGCAGAUAAAGAUCAGCAGCUGAAACUGGAAGAAGAGGAAAAGAAAGUCAAGGAGAGUCAAGCCAAGCUUGAGGAAGAGAGGAGCAAGCUUCAUCAAACUACAGCCGAGUUGCAAUCUGCACAAGAUGAAGUUCGCAGCCUAAGGGAUGAGCUGGAGGGUGUUGGCCACCGAGCCCAGGCUCUAGAUGAGGCUGUGGGGAGGCUGCAAGGUGAAGUGGACCGGGCCCGGACAGAGCUGAUGGAGAGGGAGGCAGAGGAGAGACGGCUAUGUCUGAACGUGGAGCAACUAGAGACAGACCUCAGGUCCUCAAAGUCUUUGACAGAAAGUCUGCAGACUGAGUUGCACGAGAAGGAGAGGAGGGAAGUGGAGAUGCUGGGAGAGAAGGAGCAAGCUGUAGCUCAGGCUGCUGAUGAGGCCAGAAAAGAGGCUGACAGCCGGGCACAGGAGGCGGAGAAGGAGCUGGAGCAGAGGAGAGAGGAAUCCCGAGGUCUAGAGGAGAAACUACGAAAGACGGAGGAAGAGAGCAGCAACCACAAAAGCAGGCUGGACUCCUUUAUGAAGGCCAUGGGCUCCCUGCAGGACGACAGGGACAGAGUCCUGAACAUGUACAAACAGCUGGAGGAGAAACACCUGCAGGUAAUGAUGGAGAAGGAUGGCUUAAUCCAAGAGGCAGCCGGCGAGAACAACAGCCUCAAGGAGGAGCUGCGCUCUCUGCUGGUCCAGAGAGAUGACCUGUACGCUGAGAAGGCCAAGCUGUCCGCUCAGCUGUACGGGUAUCGGGAGGAGCUCAACCAAGUCCUGAGCAUGAAGGAAUCGCAGCACAAGCAGCUUCUAGCAGCUCAGAGAGUGCGGAUCGCCUCUUUGGAAAAGGAGCGGGGGGAUCUGAAAAGUCAGCUAAAGAGUGUGAGCAGAGCUAGAGAAGUAGAGGUAGAAGCAGGAGGAGUGGAAUCAGAAGUUCUUAGUCAGUCUGCCGACACUGGGACAGUUUCGCAGACUAUGGAUGCUCCUGGUGCAGAGAUUGAGAAGCUGAGGGAACAGCUGCAGGCAGCAAGGGAGCAAGUCGAGUCCUUGGAGGAGAGACUGGUCAAGGAGAAGGAGGACCACGAGCGCAGGACCAAAGAACUGGCCGAGCUGCAGUGGGAGGGAGGCGUGAUGCGGACGGAGUCGGAGAGCGCUCAGGAGCGGGUGGCAGAGCUGGCCCGAGACCUGCUGGCCGUGGAGCAGAAGCUGCUGGAGGAGAAGGAGGCGACGGCGCAGCUGAGAGCGGAGAACCAGUCGUUUGCUAAAGCCAUGGCCUCGCUCCAGGACAGCAGGGACCAGGCGGUGAGCCGGGUCCAGGACCUCACCGUGAGGCUGGAGGAGAUGAGUAAGGCGGGGGGGCAGCCAGCACACAGCAGCCCUGGAGGCUCCUCUGGAGAGGUGUGGGGCCUCAAAAAUGCACUACAAGCUCUUCAGAACGACCGGGAGAGACUGCUGGAGCAGCUUCAGUCACAGGCCUCUGAGCUACAGAAGCAGAAGUCUGAGCUGGCUCGUCUGGGAGCAGGUGAGCUGAUUAAACUCAGCCAGGAGCUGUUCGAGGAGAAGGAGAGGAACCGAGACAUGCUGGGCGCCAUAACGCAGCUGGAGACGGUGGUGGAAACGGGCAAGCAGGAAGCGGAGACCCUCCGGUUGGAGCGGAUGGACUGGAUGGCUCAGGCAGAGCAGCUGAAGCAGCAGACCCUCGCUACGCUCUCUGAGAAGGACCAGCAGCUGCGACAGCUCAGCGCUCUGCUGGAGGAAGCCCACAGCCCCAAGCCCAGGCUUCAGCAGGAGCAGUACCAGAGACAGGGCACAGAGGAGCUGGACAGCGCUCCCGGGGCGCCUCAGGAGCGGAGCAGCCCUGUAGACAGCCGUGCCCACGUGGCCGAGGUCAAAGAGCUUCAGCGCAGGCUGGAGGAGGAGAUGCAGCAGAGGGUGGCCGCCGAGGAGCAGCUGAUGGACACGCAGGAUCGACUCAAACGCCAGGCAAAACGCCACUCUGCACACGACGGGGAGUAUUCAGAGACGGCUGUUUUCAUCGAGCCGCCGGAAGGAUCUGUCACGCGAACCCGGAGAGGCGGCCCCGGCUUGGCGCGGAUGCUCCGCGCCGCCUUCUGCUCCCGUCAGCGCACGCCGCUGCUGCUGAGCCUCUAUCUGCUCACCGUGCACGUGCUGCUGCUGCUGUGCCUGGGCGGGUACCUCUGAAACAUGGCUGACAGAUAGGAGAUGGGACGGCCUGGAACAUGUGACGCAGGCCGAAGCCGAGCCACCCACACGGUUUAUAUCGCGACGUGUAACUAAACGUCUGAUGUGUCCACACACGUUGCACUUUACUGGACAUAAUGUUUUAGCCAAAGUGUAGGUUUAUAAGGGAGCUUCUGCCGUAAGUUUAGGGUGUAGGUCAAUAAUGAUGAUCAUGAUGUGCCUUUGGAUUCGGGUUUAAAAAGGGUCAUUUUCUGUUACCGCUGGAUAAAUAAUCAAUGAUGAGUUAGCAGUUCUGCACAAAGGCUCCUCUAGUGAGUAAUUAACAAUGAAGGGGAGCUUCACAUGUGCGUCAGAACAGACUAAUGCUUUCUCAAUUGCAUCAUUAGCUUCUGAUCUUUCCGUUGAAGGUGGCUUGAAGUUCAGGGUGCACCUGUUACAUCUCUUCCUCCACUGCUACGCCACAACAGAGCACAGUGCAAUUCCUGUUUCUACACAUUCCUUCUUGCUGUAAAUCACAUUACUUGCUGUAAUCACAUGUGAAAAUGUCAGGAGGAUGUGGGCUCUUCCUUUCAUUUCCCUGCUUCCUUAUUUGCGAUAUUACAGCACAGUGUGGAUCCAUUCCAGAGGAUGUCUGCUGCUUGGUCACAUCAUACACUUCUCUGAUGUAGCAUAAUUUAUUGUUAUCAUCCUCUGUUCACUCAGUUAUUGUUGGCAUGGUCACCUUCUCACAUCUUAACUGUAUCUAACUGUAAAUAACUUUAAAGGGCUGUAUAGACACAAGUACGUUAGUGUUGGGGGUUUAGAUCAGGGCUCCAUCUUUAUAGGUAUUAAUUUGAGUCGAGGAGGAAACCAACAUUGGGACUUUUUAAAACUUGCAUUUUGUUGACUGUUUAUUUGGCCUGAAGUUAUUUUACUUUACUCGAACAGAUGAAAACACUAUUUCUCCUCUGAGCUGUGAAAUUAUUAUGAAUAAAUGGGUUAUUAAUAAUG